AUGUUCAUUUUCUUGUGUUGUGUCUGCGUAUUUACCUGCAUUUGCAUCUUCUUCAUUCCUAACCAUUACAGAAAUCCACGUAAGCGCACCAAUCCGCCGCCAGGCCCGGCGGCGCUGCCGAUACUCGGCCACCUCCACCUCCUCAACCCCUCGCCCCACCGCGCUCUCCAAUCUCUAUCCAAGAAGCACGGCGCCGUGAUGCAGCUCUACUUCGGCCGCCUCCCCGUCAUCGUCGUCUCCUCUCCCUCCGCCGCCGAGGACUGCCUCGCCCGAAACGACGCCGUCUUCGCCAACCGCCCCGACUCCCUCGCAACCCACAUCCUCGGCUACGGCAACACCACCAUCGGAUUCGCUCCCUACGGCGACCACUGGAGGAACCUCCGCCGCGUCACCGCCGCCCAAUUGUUCUCCCCCGCCAGCCUCCACCAGACGGCCGCCGCGCGCCGCGGAGAAGUCCGCUUCAUGCUUGGGAAAAUUUGGCGGGAACCGGAUAGUGAGGGGUGGAGGAGAGUGGAGAUGAGGAGUGUCUUCUUUGAAUUCGUGUACAAUGUGGCGAUGGUGGUGAUCGCGGGGAGGCGGGGGCCCGUGAUGGACGACAUGUUCGGGCCGAGCAAGAUUCUCAAUGCCUGUGAUUAUUUCCCGUUGUUGGGAUGGAUUGAUUUGUUGGGAAUUCGGAGGAAGAUGGAGGCUUUGAAUUUGGAAAGGGAUAUAUUUUUGCAGGGUUUGAUCGAUGAAGUUCGACGCAGGAAUGGAGAUUGUGUUUAUGUCGGAGGAGGGGAAAGAAAUUACGUCGAGGCGUUGUUGUCGUUGCAGCGAUCGGAGCCGGAAUAUUACACCGAUGAGAUCCUCAAGGGACUCAUUAUGCCGAUGUUCACUGCCGGGACACACACCGUGGCUUUGACGAUGGAGUGGGCGAUGUCGCUCCUUCUGAACCACCCUGGCGAGCUGGAGAAGGCGAGGAAUGAGAUAGACGAGCACGUGGCGCCCGGGAAGUUGCUUGAUGAGUCGGACCUUCAAAAUCUGGCGUACCUACGAUGUGUAAUCAAUGAGACGUUGCGAUUGUACCCAGUGGGUCCGCUCCUCGUCCCGCAUUGUUCUUCCGAAGAUUGCAACGUUGGCGGAUACGACAUUCCCGGAGGUACAAUCUUGCUAGCGAACGUUUGGGCGAUCCAGAGGGACCCGAAUGUUUGGGAAGAUGCGGAGACGUUCAACCCUGAGAGGUUCAGGGGGUUUGAAGGGGGGUACGACGGGUUUAGAUUCGUGCCGUUUGGGGCAGGGAGGAGGGCGUGCCCCGGGGCCGGGAUGGCUAUGAGCCUCAUGGGGUUAGCUUUGGGAUCUUUGAUACAAUGCUUCGAUUGGGAAAGGGAAGGGUGUGGAUUGGUGGAUAUGGAACAAGUUUUCGGCCUUGCUUUGUCCAAGGCUAAGCCAUUGCAGGCAUUGUGUCGACCACGUUCUUCUAUUGUGUCUAUGUUAUCAUAG